CAUUGUAAACGGAGAGGAGGACUUCGGAGAAUGCCGAAUAAGGUCUGACACGUACACCGCAGCCGUCUUCCGCACGAAACGACGAUGUGGCAGGACACUGCAAACCAAUAUGGCGUCGCGUCGACUUCACAAACUAACGUGCCGCUACAGUUUUACGCGGCAGAGUCAUAUCAAAGCCAGUUUUAUCCCAGCUCCCGGUCGAGUUUGGAAGGCGCUGUGAGCACCGGAGGCGUCACUCCGUCUUAUGGAGGCAGUAUUCAACAGCCAGGUGGAUGGUGGACUGCAUUUGGUACCGGAGGAUUUGAAGGGGAACCACCACUGCUGGAAGAGCUUGGCAUCAACUUCUCCCAUAUACAAGCAAAAUCAAUGACCGUGCUGAACCCUCUGCAGCAUGUAGAUGAACGUAUAAUGGAUGAUGCAGACCUCGCUGGCCCUCUUCUCUUUUUCUUCUGCUUCGGUAUGCUCCUACUAUUGUCUGGGAAGCCCCAAUUCGGGUACAUCUAUGGCUUUGGGUUGCUCGGGUCUAUUUCAAUAUACACACUCCUCAAUCUCAUGUCUGACAAGGGCAUUGAUGUUUACCGUGUUGUGUCUGUGCUGGGAUACUGUCUGCUCCCCAUGGUUGGGGUGGGUGCUGUUAGUGUUGUGGUAACAUUGGACGGUGUCCUCGGCUACAUGCUUUCCAUUCUUUCAAUUAUAUGGUGCACAUACGCUGCAUCAGGAAUCUUCGUCGCUGUGUUGCGCAUGUCUGACCAACGUUUACUGGUUGCCUACCCCGUAGCAUUGCUUUAUGGAUGCUUUGCACUUUUAAGCGUCUUUAAUGUAGGGGCGGGUAGAGCAGGGGUUGGGAGGUAGAUGACACCAUGUCCUAUUUCAACUUACUGCAGAUACCGUGGAACGCCAUUUCCUCCCACCCCACGCUCUUCAAAUAGCCUAUUAUUUCUUCUACGGAUCUUGCACCCCCAACAAUAUCUGAGGCAGGCAAGUCAUUAU